AGAACAUUGUGUUUUCUUAAGUUGGAAGUACUUCACUCGGUUUUGCUCAGCCAGCAGUAGCUAGUGUCGGCAGUUGAAUGUUUUUAUAUAAGCCAUACCUCACUUUCACUCACUCAUUCUCUUCUUCUUCUUCUUCCAUUCAAUUUCAAGAAUUAAGUAUACAAAAAUGGACCAAUUGUUAAGUCUUGUGAUAUGUACACUGCUAUUACUAAAAUCAGCUGAAGGUGUUGCUGUGCCAAUCACUUAUGUUCAAAGUGCAGUUGCAAAAGGAGCUGUUUGUUUGGAUGGGAGUCCACCAGCUUACCACUUUGAUAAGGGAUUUGAAGGUGGUAUUGACAACUGGAUUGUUCAUUUUGAGGGAGGAGGAUGGUGCAACAAUGCCACUACUUGCCUUGACCGAGUUAACACUCGUUUAGGAUCAUCGAAGAAAAUGGACACGACACUUUCCUUUUCGGGAUUUUUUAGCAGCGGCAAAAAGUUUAAUCCAGAUUUCUACAAUUGGAACAGAAUCAAGGUUAGGUAUUGUGACGGUUCAUCAUUUACCGGUGAUGUUGAAGCUGUCGAUCCAAAAACCAAUUUGCACUACAGAGGAGGAAGGAUUUUUGUUGCUGUCAUUGAGGAUUUACUUGCAAAAGGAAUGAAAAAUGCUAAAAACGCAAUUCUCUCUGGAUGUUCAGCUGGAGGAUUGACUUCUAUUUUACAAUGCGAUCGCUUUAAAACUUUACUACCUGCAGCAGCUAAAGUUAAAUGUGUCUCAGAUGCUGGUUAUUUUAUCAAUGUAAAGUCCGUCUCUGGAUCACAACACAUUGAACAAUUCUACAGUCAAGUUGUUCAAACUCAUGGCUCAGCAAAGAAUUUGCCUUCAUCUUGCACUUCAAGACUCCCAGCAGGGCUGUGUUUUUUCCCGGAAAACGUGGCCGCACAAAUCAGGACUCCAAUCUUCUUUGUAAAUGCAGCCUAUGAUUCAUGGCAGAUUAAGAACAUUUUGGCACCCGGUGUUGCCGAUCCCCAUGGCACUUGGAGGAACUGCAAACUUGAUAUAACCAAAUGUUCAUCUACUCAAUUAAAUACAAUGCAAGGUUUUAGGACAGAUUUCUUAAAGGCAAUUAGUGGGAUUAGUAACUCUCCAUCUAAAGGAGCGUUUAUAGAUGGUUGCUAUGCCCACUGCCAAACUGGAAUACAGGAAACAUGGAUGAGAAAUGACUCUCCAGUGCUGGCCAAGACAACAAUAGCAAAGGCAGUAGGAGAUUGGUAUUAUGAGAGAAGGACUUUUCAUGAGAUAGAUUGUCCUUACCCUUGCAACCCUACUUGUCAUAACCGUAUUUUUGAGUAAAAUCUACAACCUACCUGAAAUAUAAGGUCAUUCAACUACACAUACAAUUUCUACUAAACCAAAUUUAUUGGUUAUAUAACUAGUUAUGAAAUCAUGAGAAUAUGAUUUAUACAUUGUAAGUUCUCAAAAUAAAGGAUGUUUCCAACUACUAUAUUAAAAAUAUUGUAUUCUAUACUGUUACAACUUGAUGUGUAUACUGUGUACUUUACUGAAAAGCUAAUAAAUUAUUGACCUUCAAUUUAAA